AUGACUUCUGUGGAAAUUCGCACCCUACUCCAGCCUCCAAGUGCCCACGAAGCAGACUCACGCGCCCUCGCACACCUGAAUGCCACUUACCACUCUCUCGACGACCUUGAGAACGGCGCUGACCUCGAUGAGCUCGUUGAACAGGCCCGCAAGGAGCUUGAUGACCUCGAUGCCAAGCUCGCGCACUCUCAGUCCUGGGUCGACGCUGCUAUAGCUGAGACGCGCGAGAAAGCCGCGACGCACCUGAACACCGCGCAAGAGCUCUCUCUUCUCCGACAUUCCCUCGCGGAUGAGCUCGCGUUCCUCUCGGGCGAGCUUGUGUCAUCACUGGACGGCCCAGAGGGCGCGCCGACGCUACUUGAGGACCUCGAGACCCUUCACCGGAGCUUGAAGGAGCUAGAGAGUGUGAAGGGAUAUGUGCAAGUAGUGGAACAUGCGCUCAAGCUCAGCGAAGCGGCCGUUGAGCAGGUACGCGACACCGAGUCUGUGGUGGUCUCGGAGUACGAAGCCCUGCAAGCAUUCGUCGCGUCCGUUGCGGCAGCCUGUACGAAGGUGGACGCAGUCGCGAGCCAGCCGGACCUACAUAUCCUCGCUUUCCUGGAGGGAAUCGUUGAGCGGACAUGGCGGGAUAUCAAGAGCGUACUCUCGUCGAGGCUCCUCGAGGCAGCGGAGAAGCUGAAGUGGCCGCUGAAGGUUGACUACACAGCAGCCACUUCGGAGGACAGGAGGGCCUUUGAGACUUCGUUCGGUCACCUACUGAAGCUGCAGAAAAUUGGCCAGCAGAUCCGUAAGGACAAGGGCUUGGAGACGGAAGGGCUAUAUGCGAUCCAGGCCCUUGUGCAGCCGAUUGCGCUUAGGUUCAAAUACCACUUCGAGGGUACGCGGCAGACGAAUAGGCUGGACAAGCCAGAGUGGUAUUUCACACACAUUGCUAACGAGGCACACGAACAUCGGCCGUUUAUGGAGUCCAUCGUUCAGAGCCUUGUCGCGUCCACAGAAUACCGUUUCAUCAAUGCAUGGCGCGAGUUCACACUCCAGCUCUUGCCCGUACUUGAGCGCAAGCUUCGGCGAACGGUUCCCGCUUUGCUUGCGCAUCCUCCAAUUCUCGCACAUACGAUCUAUCAGGCGCUCUCUUUCGAUACCGCACUGAGGGACGAAGGCUUUGACCUGCCUGGCACAACUGCGGCGACCUCAGAGGACAAGGACGCGCACUGGGAAGGCAUUAGUGAGCUGGUGCUCGGCAAGAAGGAAUGGUUCGAGGCUUGGGUUGAGGGCGAACGCCAGUUCGCGAUGGACCAGUAUCUGGAAAUUAUCAGCGCGUCAGAUGCGUGGCUCAUCGCGGACGAGGAGGAGGAUGCAGACCAUGAUGUGCGCGCUGCUGAGCGUGAGCUCAGGCCUACGAACUCAGCCCGACGCAUGAAAGCACUUGUCGAGCAAGUUACUGACCGCUAUUCCCCGUUGCCGCAGUACUCGCAGCGCACGCGGUUCCUCAUUGUUGUGCAACUGCCGCUACUAGAGUCGUACCAUGCACGCAUAUCGUCGUCGCUCGAUGCCUUCGAGACCCUCUCAUCGUCGCUAAUGCGUGCCGUACCUGGUGCGCUCGGCGCGGGAGACGGGCGUGGAGAUUCGCGCAGGCUCACGGGAGGUGUCGAGGGCGUGCAGCGUUUAUGCAAGGCUCUGGUCAGCGCGCAGUAUCUCGCAAAUGCGAUGGAGACCUGGGGAGAGGACCUGUUCUUCUUGGAGCUAUGGGCUGAGAUCAGCCGGCGGUCGAACCUGCGCACGAAGGCCGAGGCGGCUGCGUCACUGCCCAACCCAACCGAGGACGAGGACGAAUUGCCGGAGGGCACGAUAUUCGAAGAGCUUGUGCGGCAUUACAAAGCUCUUGUCAACCGGGCGGAGGAUAUGAUCGUAAACUGCGUAACUGGGGAGGUGGAGACGGGUCUCAAGCCUCAUCUGCGUGAUGCAUCCCCACAAACUGCUUCCGCCUCCGGAACGGCCGCCUCAGACGACAUCGCGCUCGCUCAGACCCUCCUUGCGCCGCUCGCCCUGUUGUCUUCCCACCUCACCUUCCUCCGGGGUGCACUUCCCCGUACGACAACCACUGCGCUUUACCGGCGGAUCAGCUCCCAACUCGGAACGCAUCUCCUCCAGAGACAGAUUCUCUACCGCGGACGUUCACUCGCAAGCGUGCAUGAAGGCAAGGUUGUGCUCGCGGAGGCCGAGCUCUGGGUCGAGACGGCGCGAACGGCUCUCAAGGCAGAACGCACACGCGUGGAGGCGCCGUGGCGCGCGUACCUGCUAGCAGCGCGAUUGCUCGCCGGUGAGGGUCCAGAGUGGGACAAAAUUGUUGAGGCGACGUUCGGGACGAUGAGCGAUACGGAAUGGGAGGAGACUAUGUUGGAGGGUGUAGGUUUGUGCGAGAUGCCAAGGGAAGAGGUGCAGCAGGUAUUGAGGAGGAGGGAGGACUGCGAGCGAUGA